AUGUCGAAUCCUCUUGCGCCCCUCUCAUCCUCCUACCAGAACGCGCGCGCACAGUCUCCAGCAGACUCGUCGCCCUUCCUCCACAAGACUGCCGAUGCUCCGGCCGAGUCUGCGAUUCCAUCGAGUCCCCUAAAGAGGGAAUGGUCACACUACACCGAGCCGAGUCUGAACCCUUACGACGAAAACGAGAACUACUACCCCAACGAGCCUGAAAUGGCAAACGAACACGAGAAUGACGAUUACAACGAUACUGAGUACUUUCAGAAUGGAGCAAGCUCACCAUUCCAGCCUGAUGCGCGCGAAGAAACAGUAGACUUUCAGAAGGUGCGCGAAAUGCGGCAGGCGCCCCGGCUUGCGCGCCCACAACUCGCUCCGUUAGAAGAGCAGAGCCCUGCAAGCUCUCCAUUUAGACCUACAGCAACGGACUACACAGUAGAUUUCCAGGAUCUACGUGAGGCACACCCAAUGUCACCUGGGUUGGACAAACGGCUAGCCCUAGGGGACCCCGAAAGUUCCCCAUUCCGUCCUGAUGCUAGAGAUGAGACAGUCGCUUUCCAAAGGCUGCACCAAACACAGCAAGAGUCGCCUCUGUCACGGCCGCGCAUGGAGCCACUGGGAGAAGAGAGCCCCGAAAGCUCUCCAUUCCGGCCGAAUGCCCGGGAAGAAACUAUGAAUUAUGAAAAGAUGCGAGAGGUGGAGCCUAUGUCGCCCGGAAUAGGGAGGCGGCUGGCUCUGGAAGACCCAGAGAGCUCCCCAUUCCGCCCUAAUGCGCGGGACGAGACAGUUGAUUUUGACCGUCUGCGCGAGAUGCAGAACUCAUCGCCCACACUUGAACAGCCGCGGUUGACCCAGCCAAUUGACCACAUUGAAAGCUCUCCUCUACGUCCCGUGGCAAGAGAAGAGACGCCUGUUUUUGAGGACGAUGAGAUGGAGCCGGAAGCGCCUGCUGUACAUCUGAAUUCCUCACCGGCUGUUGUACCAAGUUCACCGCUCCUCAUCGAAGAGAUGGAACUUGUUGAGUCUCAUAGUCCACAUGAAACACGACACAACUCUCCGGUGGUUCCCAAGCAUUCUUCAUCUGCCGUAGAACUGGAGUCUUCACUCAGCACCCACGAAAAAGGGGAGAAGAUUGGUUCGUCGGAAGUACAUGAGACCAUGGAAGAGCCACAAAGUGUCCACGAGGAUCAUUUACCUGCAGUGGAGCCAAGUUCACCGCUCCACCUGAAGCUAGCCCGGGAGUUCACCGAGUCUCCAAAGUUACAAGUGCCCCGCGACUCGCCCGUGGUCUCGAAACAUUCUUCCCCUGUCGCCCCUCGCUCACAAUCCAGAAGUGCCUCGAAGGAGAACACUCUCGAUGUUCAUAAGCCACGUCAACUUUCUCGUGCAUCCCUCGUCAGCUCGAGUACAGCAACACCUCGCAAAAGAUCUUACGACCAGACACCGCAAGACCAUGAAGACAAUUUGCAGAUGAACGAGCGCUGUAAGAAGGGUAUGACCAGCCGGGCAGGUGUAUCGGAAGCACCGGAGAUACACAUCGAUGCCGAAGAGGAAUCUAGCGUUAUGCACAAUGACAGCAUGUUGUCCACUGGUAGUGCCAUUCAUGAUAGAUCAGCCAUUGGAAACAGUAUGAUGGAAGACAAACAGAAUGAAGGCAUGAGUACAGUCCUCCACGAAGAUGGUGACAAGGAGAACGUCGGUCAAGACACAAAUGAGCACUCUAUGGUGGAUGACUCGAUGGAUGACACCUGCUUGAGCGCCUUUUCCGCCGUGCCAGACAUGACAACCUUCGCAAAGCUCCGCGCCGGGUCACCAAUGAAGUCAACACGAGGAAGCGUUGCACUUAGUCCAGCUCAUGGCAGGGAUGAAUCCCGACGAAAUGAUCCGACCACCCCGAGCACAGCACGUCGAGCAUACAGAGCUAGCGCCUACCUCGAAGAAAAUUCGCCCACAGGGUCACCCACACCCAGACGGAAAGAUUCUCAAGACAUGCCAAAACCCGUUGACUCGGCCAAUUUGCUUGAUUUGACCGAUCAGAUGAACUUCCAUCCUCAUCAAUCGAUGCAAAGCUCACGUUUCUCCCCCUCACGGCGUUCACCUUUGCGUUCUGCCCGACACUCCAUUCGAUCUCCUGGGAAGAUGUCGUCCUUGUUGGACUUUGACAUCCCGCCUGCGCCUACUCCUCGGUCUAUUCCCACGGUCACUCCCCGCGAACUGGAGUCACUAAAAUCUGGUUUCAUGUCUGAGAUCUCCUCGCUCAAAGCCACUCUUAGUGGCAAAGAGGCCGAAGUCGCUAGCCUAAAGACAGCAGUGACCGAUGCGGAGCGCCGUGUUGGCGAGGCUUUGGAAGAGAUUCGCAAUGAAGUCGCAAACAAGGAAGCGCUCGAGAUGGAACAAGCUGGGUGGGGUCAUCAAGCCAAGGAGAUGGAAAGUGUGCUACGAUCGGUCCAAACUGAGUUGAUGGAGGGCGAGCGGGAGCGGGAACGGUUGACCAAGAAGGCCGAAUCGGCUGAAAAGAGCAAGGAGAGAUUGGAGCGCAAGAUUGUUGAGCUUGAAAGCCAACUGUCUGCUGUGCGCGCUUCUUCUCUAUCUACUUCUGCGAAGCCUAAUGGUUCUGAACAAUCCUCGAACUCAGCUGAAGAUACGGCUCGGGAAGUCCAAGACGCAGUUGAAAAGGUUGCCCGAGAGCUACACACUCUGUACAAGGGCAAGCAUGAGACCAAAGUCACAGCCCUAAAAAAGAGCUACGAGUCACGCUGGGAGAAACGCCUGCGUGAAGUAGAGAAGAAACUCACAGUUUCCCGCGAGGAAAACGAGCAUCUCCGGGUUGAGCUAGACAAUGCACAGUCUGAGUCCAUGUCAGCAGCCAGCACUAGUCAAAUCGCCCACGAGAACGAGGAGCACGAGGCCGAGAAGCGUGUCAUGGAAGCUCAGAUAAAGGGUCUGCAGCAGGAGAUGGCUGCUCUCAGGGAUGAUACUGAGCGUAUGCGCUCAGACCUGCAGACUGAACGCGCCGAAAAGGGUGAGCUCGUUGCUGCGGUUGACGAGUGGUUGGCUAUGCAACAGGCUCCGGCCCCGUCUCAUCCUCGAAGCCGCGAGACUUCCGUGGUUUCUUCAGUGCACCACGAUUCAUUGGAAGACCAGCGUCAAGCAUCUCGCGAAGUCACCCCGGAUGAGUUCAACCGCAGUGUUAGUCGCUCUGUGUCUGGUGGCAUCCGUCCCCCUGCAACGGCGGAAAAAAGAAUUUCAAGAUUUGGUGCCCCCGGUGGACAUUCUCGCGGCAAUAGUGGUGGCAAGUCUGGCAUCGCGAUGCCAACUCCCGGGCGUGGAAUCAUGGGGUCCAUUGAACGGAUGGGUCGUGGUGGUGCAUAG